UACGAAGACCAAGAUUGAUUUGCAAAAACCACAUGAAUUCUGAUGGUUCGGAAGCUUGAAGUAAAAGCAAACUAAAAAAGCUUUGAUUUGCACCUGCAUUGAUAAUUACCCAAGUGGUAGAUUGAAUUACAGAGGAAACCAAAAGUUUGAAGGUUUUGUGGUUUUGAUCUUGCUUUUAAGCCAAAUCAUCCCUAUAAUUCACACCUUACACAACAAACUUAGGGUUCCAUAUCCGAUCUGACCCAGCCACAGAUUUCGGAAUUGGGGUUUGUGUGCUUGCUCCUGUUCAUGUAGAAUUCAUGGUUAAAAGUGCACCAAUGGAGAUCGAUUGGUUUUGGCUUUGAUUGUUCCAGAUAAUUUGUAGCUCACAAAGAGAAAUAGGAAUUAAUCAGAUGAAUGAACUGAUAUCACAACCAUGGCAAACAUUAUAAGGAAGUGAAUUCCAUUAGAGCUGUUCUGUGCUUAACAAAAUAAAAGUACAGGGUCAAGGCGGGGAGUACUCCUGUGGUGAGAAGCAACUCCCAAAUCUGUUGAACAUGGUUUACCACUCUACGUUUGUUGACGAAGAAGGAAUUACUAAAGCUUGUGGGUGCCCCCUACUUCCUUUGAAAAGUCACAUAAGAGGACCUGCUCCAGUUUCAGAUCAAGCCACAACUGAUAUCAUUGAUGAAGCAAUCACAUUCUUUAGGGCUAACGUCUUCUUCAAGAACUUUGAUAUCCAAAGCCCAGCUGAUAAACUUCUUAUAUAUCUAACGUUUUAUAUCAAUGUGGCCUUAAAGAGGCUUGAAGGCUGCAGAACGUUAGCUGAAGGGACAAAAGCGGUAAUUAACCUCGGUUUGGAAGAUGUUCCUGUACCUGGAGAAUCGGGUUUCCCUUUUCCUGGCCUCUUUCCACUACCCGGAUCUCAGCAAGAAGCAGAGCUAUUGCGGAAUUAUCUGAAGCAAAUAAGGGAAGAAACGAGCGGGAGAUUGUUGAGCGUUGCAUACAGACAUAACGGGACUCCAAACAAGUGGUGGUUAGCUUUUGCUAAACGCAAGUUUAUCAACACCAUCGCUCUUUAGAACGACGCGGUUUGAUGAAAAAAACAUUCAUAUUUAAACCCCUGUACACAAACCAAGCAAAAUGGAAGUUAUUUUGUAGCAUAUUAUUCAUGAUCUGUUUAGAGUUUGGAGUUCAAGAUUCGUAAUAUGAUAUUGUUGUAUAAAUCAAUCUUGGUACAUCAGUGGUUAUAUCAAAUCACGUUCCUCACUGCUA